GAUCUAAUCUACUGUGGUAUCUACAUUAUCCUGUACAUCAUCGCUGAUAUUGUCAUUGCAGCUCAGGCUUGUGGCAAGGACAACAAUAAGGCUGGAUCAGCCUUUGGCUUCUUCGCUACAGGAUGCUUUGUUGCAAUAGGCGUAUUUUUGUUUCUGACAUGGAAGCGAGCAAGGCAGGAAGCUGGAGCUAAUGCUGGGAAGAGUCCAGACUAUAAUCCUGAAAGAAACAUGGAGCAGUAUUGA